CAGGAAUUCAUACAUUUCAAUUCGAUCUAGCUAUCUAAACCACGCCACUGACAACAUGCUCACUGCAAGCCUACCUCGACUCGGUUUUCCCAUCUCUAGCCCUGCCCGACGACAGCAGCAACAACGUGAACAACAGCUUCAGCUGCAGCAACAACAGGAAUUAGAAAAACAAGAACAGCAACAACAACAGGCUAUUGCUCCCAAGCCAAAAAAGAAGAAAGGCAUUCGUCAGGCUGUUGGCAUCAUUGUGAACGACCGCAAGACAGGCAAAAUUCUUAUGUUGAAAAGUCGCAAGCGAGAAGGCGCGCUCGUAUUACCUCGUGGCGAGCGUGACGAUGAGAAUAAAGAGACUUCAGACGACGCAGUUAUCCGUAUUCUCAGUGAAGAAGCAGGUCUCAUUCGUGUUGAUAAGUCACCUAUACGUCUAGGCACUUAUUGUGAGGGCAACAAGCGCGGGAAAACCAUCGCCCAUCAUUGGAUGUAUGAAAUACGUGACGCCAAAUUCGUGAUUGAAAGAACAGCAACUAAGGCAUCAACUGAGCUGCAGGAGCAGCAAGAGCAACGUGAGCGUGUUUGGGUCACUUUCAAAGAAGCAUUAGAAGCCACAUUGGAUCGCCCGAUGUCCCAUCUUGCACUAAAAAAUAGUUCUUUUGCAUCAUCACAAUCUUUUUAACUAUGUAUGUAUCAACGGAUAAAUAAAACAUGUCUAAAACUAUA